AUGUCCCUCCACGUGACGCCCAGAGGACACGUGGUUGCAGGAUUCCAGCUGGAGAGGUGCGACCUGCGUCCAGUGAUGCGGAAAGGGAAGGGAAUGGGCAAAGCUUGGAGGGAGGCGGGAACGAGCCUGGUGUGUUCAGGGAGUGGCGGUGACCGGUUUCACAGUUGGGGGGAGCUGGAGGAAGAGGUGACACUGGACAGGUGGGUGAAAGCCGAUGGAGGCCUGGACCUGGUGGAGGCCACGCGGCCCAGGGCGGGGGCCCGGGAGGCGUCCCAGAGAACGUCACCGGAAGUGCCCGAGCCGCCCGGGAGAGGGAGGCGGCGCUUCCGGCGGGCGGCGGGGGCUCCGGGCAGGUGUCCCACUAGUGGUGUUUCUGCAGGAAGCAGCAAGCAGAGCCCCAGCCUGGGUCCGCAGAACGCCACAGAGAGGGCUACCCCGAUGGACACAUGCACAGCUUUUCUAGCACAGGCACCGAGUGGUGGCCUGGCUUCCUGCUACACUGCUUCGGUGGCUGAGAAAGGGGCUCAGAGCCCAGGGCUGAUGCCACGGCAGGUAACCUUAGAAGAAGGGGGACGCCGUGGACAGGCUGUGCCAGGACUGUUACGGGGGCCUCCCCAGGCACUGCGGUUUCCAGACCCUUGUGGGAAUGAGGAAGCUGGAGAGAGGCCCAGAGAUUCCCCUCGGGGACCAGUUGUUUAUGAGGAAACUGGAGGGCAGAAUGGCCAUGAGGACAGUGUGUCUAGGUCAGAGGUCACCCUGAAUGCAGCCUCCACGGCCAACAGGAGAAGCCACUGGAAAGGACAGCCUUACCGAUGCAGCACUUGCGACAGGAGCUUCAAAUGCUAUUCGGAUGUGGUGAAACACCAGAGCAUUCACUCUGGGGAGAAACCGUACGAGUGCAGCGACUGUGGGAAGGCCUUCAUCCACAGCUCCCACGUCGUCAGGCACCAGCGCAUUCAUAAUGGGGAGAAGCCUUACGUUUGUAAGGAGUGUGGGAAAGCCUUCAGCCAGAGCUUCAACCUCAUUAGACACCAGAGAAUCCACACGGGAGAGAAGCCCUAUGAAUGUGCUGUGUGUGGGAGGUCCUUCAGUCAGAGGUCAGACGCCAUUAAGCACCAGAGAAUUCACACUGGUGAGCGGCUGUAUGAAUGCAGCGAGUGCGGGAAAACCUUCAUCCACAGCUCAAACGUCGUCCGGCACCAGAGAAUUCACCACGGAGAGAAUCCUUACGAAUGCAAAGAGUGUGGGAAAGCCUUCAGCCAGAGCUCCAACCUCAUUCAGCACCAGCGGGUCCACACCGGGGAGAAGCCGUACGCCUGCCAGGAGUGUGGGCGCGCCUUCAGCCGCAGCUCCUUCCUCAGCGAGCACCGGCGCAUCCACACUGGGGAGAAGCCCUACGAGUGUGGCGAGUGCGGCCGUGCCUUCAGGGCCCUGUCGGGCUUCUUCCGGCACCAGAGGAUCCACACUGGGGAGAAGCCUUUCCACUGUGCCAGGUGUGGCAGGGCCUUCCGCCUGAGCUUUCAUCUCAUCCAGCACCAGCGAGUUCAUGGCACGGAGUGAGCCUGUUGGGGGGUGAACGUGGAGUGGAAAAUUGAGUAAAUAAGAUUGGAGUGUGGGUACAACGCCCUUCACUUUUUGCCCAUGCCCCCAGCUUUGUGUACUUCACCCCACAGGAAGAGGAUAAAACUGUCUUGGUGGUCUCCAAGCCUGCCCGUGGAGGCCUGCAGUUUGUCUACCGCCGCCUGGCCAGGAGCACCAGAAAGGAAAGAGGAGCCUUGGGGAAGGAGACGUGAUGGCAACGUGUGCCUCGGAAGUUAAUUUAUUUCAUUUUCACAGCACUGGGUUUUUCCUGAAGUAUAAUUUACAUACAGUGGAACGCAUAGAUCUUAAGUGUUUCGUUUUAUGAGUUUCAACAAGUACAAUGUGCUUUGACCUUUACGACCACCACACUCUCAAGAUGUAGACUAUUUCCAUCACCCCAGAAAGUCUCCUUAUGCCCCUUCAAGUCAGCCCUUUAUCCUCAGAGGCAACCAGUGAUCUCGUUUCUGUCACUAUAGUUUUGCUUGUUCUAGAACGUUAUAUAAAUAGUGAUAUAAUUUA